UUUUGUUUUUAUUUGCUUUGGUUUUGCUUAAUUUUUGACCGACUUCUGGGUGAACAACAACAAAAAAGACUAAGAGCAACAGCAGCAACAUCAAUAACAACAUGGAUGCCGAGCAGCAGCAGCAGCAGCGCAGCGAUCAAAAAGCGAUCGAAGCAGCCGGCGAAAUGGGAAGAACACUGGAAAUAACCGGGAGGCAGGAGAAGCAGGAGAAGAGUCCGGAGAAGGGACAAGAUCUGGAUAAAAGUGGCGAUCCCGAGAACGGGGAUCCGGUGCGUCGACGUGGCCACGAGACCAGCGAACUGGAGGCGGCCACCCAUCUUUUCAAGGGCAGCGUGGGCGCCGGACUGUUCGCCAUGGGCGAUUGCUUUAAAAACGGAGGAUUGGCCGGCGCCACCAUCCUGCUGCCCAUCAUCGCCGUGAUGUGCGUCCACUGCGAACGCAUGCUCAUCCGCGGAUCCGUUUCGGCCGUCGAACGGACGCCGGGCGUCGACUUCCUCGACUAUCCGGAAACGGUGGAGAAGUGCUUCGAGUACGGGCCACGCCCCCUGCGCAAAAUGUCAAGGGUCAUGAAGCUCAUCGUCGAAAUGUUCCUCUGUGUCACCCAGUUCGGUUUCUGUGCCAUCUACUUCGUUUUCAUCACGGAGAACCUUCACCAGGUCCUCCAGCAGAAUGGCAUCGAUAUUGGCAUGAGCAUGGUGAUGCUGAUCACUCUGUUGCCGGCCAUGAUUCCGUCGCUGAUGACCAACCUGAAGUACAUCUCGCCGGUGUCGCUGUUCGCCAAUGUGGCGCUGCUUUUCGGACUGAUCGCCACCCUGACCAUUGCAUUCUCGGACGGACCGAUGCCUCCGGUGGGCGAUAGGAACCUCUUCACCGGCGGGGCCCAGUUGUCCCUGUUCUUCGGCACCGCCCUCUUCUCCUACGAGGGCAUCGCCUUGAUCCUGCCGCUCCGCAACUCAAUGCGCCGGCCGGAGAACUUCAGCACCCGGUUCGGAGUGCUCAACUCCACGAUGUUCUUCACCACGUCCCUGUUCAUUUUCACCGGAUUCGUUAGCUACGUGCGAUGGGGCGAGGAUGUCGCCGGCAGCAUAACACUCAAUCUGGUGGUGGAGGAAGUGUUUUCCCAGGUGGUUAAAGUGGUGGCAGCCUUGGGCGUUUUCCUGGGCUAUCCCAUCCAAUUCUUUGUGAUGAUAAAGAUCUUGUGGCCCCCACUCAAGCGAUCCAACGAUUGUGCUCAAAAGUAUCCCAUUACCAUGCAGGUGUGCCUGCGAUUUGCUAUGGUGAUGAUGACGUUUGGCGUUGCGCUGGUCGUUCCCAAACUAAAUCUGUUCAUCUCGCUGAUCGGUGCACUGUGCUCCACCAGUCUGGCCUUCGUGAUUCCGGUGCUGAUCGACUUUGUGACAAGGGCGCCGGUGCCCAAGGCUCUGGGGGCGUGGUCCUACAUCAAGAACAUCCUCAUCCUGACGGUGGCUGUUUUGGGAAUCGUCACGGGGACCUACCAGAGCAUCGUGGAGAUUGUCAAGGAGUUUAAGUAGGCUUACGUCGCUAGCAAGUAUUAUGUUUUGUGUAAAUAAUGCUGUCAUUCCUGUUAAACUGUAUGUGAAUGCAUUGCCGUGCUCUACUCUAAGCUUUAUCCCUAUAUCGUGUAUUUUUUUUCUUCAAUUUUUUUUUUGUUGGUAGUCUUAAGCUGUGCAUUUGUAUGUAUCUAUAAAAAUGUUUAUUAUCAUUCAACAUCAAAAAAGCAGAAUUAUAAAAGAAAAUGAUCUGCUAAAAAAAAACUUUUUAAUAAUUGAUUACCCAUCUCUGUCCUUGAUUGUUUCAGAGAAAUUAAAAAUAGUUAUCGUUAAAAUAAUAUGUUUAAAAUGCUUUUUAUCGAUUUUAUAAAUAUUGUAAGAUUUAUAUAAAGUAUUUAUUAGCUUUUAGCAACAAUGUUUAAUACCGCUACUAGCCAUUAAGUUUGCCUUAAAUGUAAAAAUGUGUGUGCUUUUAAAAGCGUACAAAUCAUUAAAAAAAAAAACCACAAUAAAUUGUUUUUGAUUCCAAAACUAAAAUUAAA